GGAGGGGGGGGGUGGUGAGGGGAGGGGGGGGGCCCGGUUGCCGUGGCAACGCCACUUCCGCCGCCGAUGUCGGAGCCGCGCCGGGGCCUGGCGGAGCGCGGCCUCCGCCGCCGGCCGGGCCGGGAGGAGCGGCGGGGCCGGGGGGGGCGGGGCCGCGAGCGGCACCGGCACCGGCAGCGGCAGCGGGAGCGGGAGCGGAGCCGGGCUGGGAGCGGGUCCGGCCGCUGCCGGGCUCGGCACAAGGGGAAGGCGGCGGCGGAGCUGGGCCGGGCUGGGAGACAGGCGUGCUCAGCCAGCUUUGGCUUCGGCGAGGAGUUCCCAGACGACGACGACGAGGACUCCCCGCCGAUACCCGGUGCCAGCUGGCAGCCCCAGACCAUGCCCUCGAACACGUCGCCGGAUGCCAAGUGCCCGAUCUGCCUGGAUAAGUUUGACAACGUGGCCUACCUGGACCGCUGCUUGCACAGGUUCUGUUUCCACUGCAUACAGGAGUGGUCGAAGAGCAAGGCAGAGUGCCCACUUUGCAAGCAGCCCUUCUUUUCCAUCUUCCAUACGGUGCGUGCUGAGGAUGACUUUGAGGAGUACGUGGUCAACCCGGUGGAGAGCGGCUCUUUUGCCAGCCAUGAUGGCCGCAGGUUUCGCUACCGAACCACCUUAACCAGGGAACGCCGCGAGUUGCCUUUCCUCCAAAGCGGUUCCGCCUCUCGACUGACGAUGUCCCCGCCGGAUAAUGGGAUUUUGUUCGAGGGCUUGUCCAGCCAGCCGGUGCAGCAGAGAGAUGAGGAGAUUCAGCAGAUGCUGAGGAGGCUGGCCUCGAGGAGGCAGGCCAGCGCGGAGGGCAGAUCCAUGCGGCAGAUCCAGGAGGAGGAGAUGAUCAACUUCCGCAGGGCCCUGUACCGCACCGGGAUGCGCGUCCGUAGCAUCCAGGACGGCGGCCGCUACCGAGACAUUUCAGCAGAGUUUUUCCGCCGCAACCCUGCCUGCCUUCACAGGCUGGUUCCCUGGCUGAGGCGAGAGCUUACAGUCUUGUUUGGUGGCCACGGGUCCCUGGUUAACAUCGUGCAGCAUAUCAUCAUGAGCAACCUGACCAUGUACGACCUGGAAAGCGACGCCUUUGCCGAUGAGUUGAGACCAUUUUUGCUGAACCGGACCGAACACUUCCUACAUGAGUUCAUCAGUUUUGCCCGAUGCCCUUUUAAUUUAGACGCGUACGAUCAGCAUGCCAAUUACGACUGCCCUGCGCCUUCAUAUGAUGAAGGAAGCCACUCGGACUCGACAAUCAUUACUAUAUCUCCAGAUGAGGCAGAUGCCCACGGACCAAACCGCAGUUCAUCCAUGACCAGUAUUGGCCAGGCCCCCUGGGAUGAUGAAACUCCAGGGCCUUCCUAUUCCAUUGCAGAGGACAUCCGUACAACCAUAGUUUCUCCUCUGGUGACAUCAGAAAGUUCUGAUGAAGACUCUGCUGCAAGGAGAAUCCUACAGCAGGCUCAGUUACAGCCAAAUGCUUACGCAAAUGACGGUGAUUCUUCUUCGGACAGUUGCGUUAUUGUUGGGUAUGUUAAGCCACUAGCUGAGAGGACACCAGAAGUGGUUGAGCUGUCCUCAGACUCCGAGGAGUCCAUCAGGGAGGAGAGAAGGGAGGAUAUGACACAACAGCAGCCAGUCCAGUGUCGCAGCUGGAGUGACAGUGAACAAAGCAGGAGCUUAUCACCACGCUUCCCCAUGUAUGAAGAGACUGUAGGCAGCUACAGGAGCUCCUUAUUCCCUGCAGCCGAGACAACAGAGUUGAAUGAGGAGAAAAACAAAGGUAAAGCAAAACGUCUGCCUCCACAGAACUUGAUCUGGAGCCCCUCUUUGGAGAGGGACACGACGUGCUCCCCUUUUAAUCACAGAUGGUCCAGAAAGACAAAGCCCAGGAGUCCUCAGGCUUUUUCACAGAACAGUCAAGACAGCCAUGGCCAUGGGUCUGAGAGGGAGCAUUACAGCAAACGCCACCCUAGAAAGAGGCGAUCAAGAAGCAGAGACAGCGGCAAACAUAGGAAUAAAAGGAGCAGGAGGAGGUCAAGAGCUCGUGCCAGGAGUGGCUCCCGAAGAAGCCGGAGUCGCUCCCCAAGAAGCCGUAGAGGCUCCCCUAGUCGUGAGAGCACUACGUCCAGGGAAUUAAGCAGAUCACGGUCGCUUAGCAGAGGCCGUCGCAGAAGGAGAUCAAGGAGCAGAGACAGGAGAUCAAGGAGUAGAGACAAUGGCAACUAUUACCUAAAAGACCAUUACCAAGGCAAGCACCACUGGGGUUACACUUUGUAUAGUCGAAAGAAAGGUGAAGAGGACUCCUACGGCAGGAAUGAUCCUCCAUCCAAUGCCCAAUGUUCAACACAGUCUGCUAAUCCGGAAUGCAGAAUCCAGUCCUUUACUGAAAGGCAAGAUCCGCACAGCCAGAAGGGACCUCACGAGCGACACUAUUACGAGCGAUGCAGAUCAAGGAGUCGAUCAAGCGAUAGGUCAAGGAGCCCACCUGCAGGGGCUGACAGAACAAAAAACGAAAAGCCCGGUGGGAAAAGGAAGUACAAAACUCGGCACUUGGAGAGGGCAGCACAGGGGAGCACAAGUCAAGAGAGAGAAAAUGACCACAGGAGAAAUUUCUCGACAUUCAACGACUUCUACGGAAAUGAAGAUAGCCUUUCAGACAAUCGCGCAAGUAGCGAGACCAGGCAUAAGAAAAAGAAGAAGAGAAUGAGAAGCCCAAGUGUGGAGAUAGUCUAUGAAGGAAAAACGACAGACGCAACAAAGCACAUGAAAAAGAAGAAGAAAAAGCAUAAGAAGAAACACCGCAAACAUCACGCACAUUCCUCUCCAGUGCUGAUUACAAUUGAUACUGAUAGUGGCAAGGAGCCGGAAAGUACUGAAUGUGACAGCAAUGUUACUUGGACAGGCACACCCAGCUUAAACGAGCAGGAAAAUGAGUCUCUAUCAUCUCUUCUGGGAAUGACAGGAUGUGACGAUGUUUACAGAGCGAGCGAGGAAACUGGAGAACCAGCCGGAAACUGCAAUGUUCCUACUAGACGUGACUUUGAUGCUGACAUUAGUAAUGCUGACACUGAGCCUCAGGAAGCAGCUGGUAAGAGCCUGGUAGCGGAUGCGUCAAGCAGCAGCACCACUCACAUAGUAACUGUGAUAAACCACGGUCAAGAAGCACAAGCAACGCCUUCCAGUCAACUGUCUUCCCCCAGGACAGAGUAUCCAGAGUGACUAUCACUGAUACCAAGGCUGCCAAAGAGACUUGUUAACAAAUCCCAUUGGCUUGAGUCCCCAGACAAAAACAUGUAGCGUAUUUUACACUGAAUAAUUCUUAAAAUUGUGAAUUUAGUAACUUUUUUCCCCCAUUGAGAACAAAGCACCUGGUAUGACUUGUUUGUGUUAAAAUAUGUCUGGGAGCUGUGUAAAAACCCUUGAAUGUGUAUGCACUUUUAUGUCAGAGAAGAUAAGAGUAUUGUUAGUAUGUAACUUAGGUUUCUUGAAGGACUACUUAAAAGCUAUAAUUUCAUAAAGCCAUCGUAUUUUCUCAUGGUAUGUAAAAUUUAUCCACAGAGUUAUUUCAAAGCUGUGUUUAAAAACCAAACACGCAGCAAAAACAUACCAAAAGACAGAAAAUACAUCUUAUGGGGAUUACUCUUCUUAUACGUAAGAAAUAUUGCUUAGUUCUUAAAAAAUAUUUCAUGAUAAGUUGUAUUUUGUGUAGUUUAAGCUGGUCUCUGCUAAAAAGCAGUUGGCAAUUUCUACAAAGAUCUUGAACAACACCUUCAGUAAUAUAAGUUGUUAAGUCAAAAUUUGAACAAAGCAAUAAACUUUUUUUUUUUUAAAUUUUAAUAA